UACCUUAUAUUGAAAUAUAACACGUGGAAACAUAACUGAACCUUUACAUUAAAAGGAAUUGAAAGUAAACAAUGACAAAUAUAAAAUUUUAGAAUAUAAUUAACUACUGCGCCGAUAGCAUAUCGCAUUCUGAAUUUCCUCUCGCCUGGUCUGCGUCUCCCUUGAGUUUGAUACAUUUCCUCAAGGGAUUCAUUACUGACCCAUUACUACGAAAGCUCGCAGUAUGUUUUGCAUUGCAACAUUGUUUUGACGGAGAACGCAAUCUUCAUCGUUACGUCCUUCUUACUUCUGUCGCAUUGGCGCACAAUAUUUCCAGCUGUCUCCUUCAACCAACCCCCAAUGUUGGGGUAGGUGCGCGUAGAAUUCUGCGAGGUGUUUUGCUUUCUUCUUGCCUUAAUUUUUUUUUACUGGAAAUUUUGAUAAUAUGUUUUUGUCCUUCAAAAAAUUUGGGAGAACAGGCUGAGGUAGGAAAUUAUUUGCGCAGUAUUCAGUCUUCAGGAUGUUUUUUUCUGUCAGUCAUCUUCUGUAUUUUUUUAUGUUAACGGACAAUUGCCUUGCUUGCUUAUCAGAGUCAACAUUUGUCGAGGUACAUUAAUAAGGGUACUGUUCAUUGGUAUAAUUGAUGUCCUCCUUGAUCUCAGAGUGUCGAGAAGUGUUCUGAAAGUCUGAUUUGCUUUUCCUUUACGCCUCCUUUCUGGACUCGUUUCCAUUAUACCGCUCGAGUGACGAGUGGCUUUCCGAAAGAAAUGGCAUUUCACACCGAAUACACGUGUGGGACUCCAUAAUGCCUACGAGAGGUUUCCGAGAAAUGAUGAGCUCCUUUCGAAUUCUGAAAGUGCUUUAUUACAGUAAUGUAUUUUUGAGACGGAUCGUUUUAUUCUAAUUUGACACGUCGAGGUACAUUUCUAAACCCGAUUUCACGUUGAUUUGGGCAGUCCAAUAUUUAAUUUUUUUUUCUUCGUUUUCCUCGUUUCCUUUUCUUUUUCUAUUUGGUUUCCUUUCUUUAUUUUCUACCUCGGAAAUGUCAAAUUUACGACUCCAACAUGAGAAGACAAGAAGUGAAGACUAAAUAAAGUGUGUUAUUAAUGCCAUGCAUAGUGGCUGAAACGUUCCUAAUUCAGAAACCUGGCGUGACGAGACGCGAAUAACAUGACACACUCGAUGAAACUUUAUAUGACGGUUUCUCGCAAUCGGAAGUGUCGCCAUAUUAAAACGUGGCUACUGUCUCGGCAACUUUUUCCACUGGUGUUCGCUUCUGAGAAUUUAAAGGGUUUCUCUUUCGCAGGGGGUUUCUCUUUCACAGCACGCUUGAGAAGAAUGGACAAAGUUCAAGAAUUUCCAUCCAUAAUUGACAUUAACGUUGGAGGCCACGUUUAUACCACAUCACUAGCAAGCCUCACAAGAUUUCCAGACUCCAUGUUAGGGGUCAUGUUUAGUGGACGGCGGCCAGUGGCGAAAGAUUCCCGAGGAAAUUUCUUCAUCGAUCGUGACGGACCGAUGUUUCGCUAUGUGUUAAAUUUCUUGCGCUCUUCCAAGUUGAAUUUACCUGACAAUUUUCAAGAAUUUGAUCAACUCGCCGAGGAAGCCGAUUUUUAUCAAAUUCCUCGUCUCAUUGAAGCCGUAAAAAACACCAAGUCGAGUAGUCCUGUGGGAAGGAUUCAAGUGAUUCGAAUAACUUUGGAUAGAGAUAGGCACGGAUUAGAAACGCUGCUGACGGUUUUCGCCGAGAAGCACAUCUUACAGGAGAUAUUUAAAGGAUACGACUGUAUUUGUAGUCCUCUCGUAUUCUCGUUCGAUAAAGAACAAGCGGACUCCUCCACUACAGCGAUUCUGCAAGAAAUCACUAAUUAUGGUUUUGAAGUGAUGACAAGCCUGUCGCAUCCUGAAGACAAAUCCAUUAAUGAAUGGUUUUUUCUUCGCAAGUGUAAGCUAUAAGGCAAUUGUACCAAAUUCA